AAAAGUCUCGCGGGCCACCACCGAGCGUGACGAUCUUCGAUCCGUUUCGCUCCUGGAUCAAUCGAACUCAUAUCCACAGUCUUCGUUUUCCCAACAAGUCUCCUCGUCCUCGAGCUUCCAUGUAACACCUCUGGACUCCCAGGUUGUUGAUUUGUUUGAGCCAAACUAGUAGCAGCGGAUGGUCAAGAAAAAGCCAAAACAGCAGGGCACGACACCUGGCAAUGACUAUGAUUCUACCUGCGAGGUGGAUCCCUACGAAGAUACGAGCUGGGUGAUUGUGAAAAGAGCAGAGGAUCACUAUUUUGGUGCCUCCUUUACCUGUUGCGGAAAAAUCUGCAGUGUCAAAGCCAUCCUCGAGCCAGGUACAAGACAUACCUAGGGAACAUGUGCCAGACAAAUCACCUCUUCCAGCUGAGGGGAGUCCUGUAAUGCCAUCUGUCAGUGAAUACGAGAAGGCGACAUCAUUGCCACUCAAGAAUGACAUAUUUGUGGGAAAGGUUUCUUCUCCACAUCUGUCGGACAAACCUAGAAUCUCAGGGAUGGAUUCCAGAACACAGUCCAUGAACCCUGCCAAAGUUUCUGGCCAGAAGUUACAUGAAGUAGUGAAAACAUCAAAUACCUCGAAAAGUAUCAAACAGGAGAGAGUGUUAAGUAGUCCUUGUUACUUCUCCAGCGGGGUGACAUUCCUUCAUCAACAGCUCAAGGCACGAAAUCUCGAGAAGAAACUUCAGAAGGCCGGUGGACUGAGCAGCUGGCUGAUGUCACUGGGGCUGGGGCAGUUUGUGAGGAUCUUCCGGUGCAGGCGCAUCAAUGAGUUUCAGCUGGCUAAUAUGACGAUGAAGAAGCUCAAAGAUAUGGGUGCCGCUGCCGUGGGGCCUCGGAGGAAAUUGAUGCACGCUAUCGACUGCGUUUGUGAUCCUUAUCAUCGAGGACUUGAAGUGCCUCCUAGGAUCUGCUGAGCCCUUAAGCUAUUUGAAAAGAUACAUGACCCAGAAAACCGUUGCUAAGGCCAACUUCUUGCGAAUUAGAAGCGUGCGGACAUGACAACAAGAAAAACAUCCAGGGGCUUUUACGGGUGUCCUGGCCCGUGAACAUAGGCUGCUGAUAUUUUUGUCCUCGCUGUUGUAUUAAGAGAAAUGAACUCGGUUGCUCCAUGUAAUUAGUUUUCUCUGUUUCUUUCCCUUUUCUUGGCUAAUCGGACACAUUCGGCCAAUGCCGCUGGAGCCUGGCUCUACCCACGUGAAAGAGGUUGCUGUGUAGUGAAGAAUUUUUGGGGUAGUAGAGUUUCGGCUUAGGUUGUGCUC